CUCGCACGCACAGCCACUGUCAAUGGAGAUUGUAGCAAAUGCUGAACUAAUGCGCGCCCUUGUAUAAAACGCGUGGCCGGGUCAAGCUGGGCCAUCAUUGAACGGUUGGACAUCGAGGGCUUAAGCACGACCAACGUGAAGAUGAAUUUCAUUGGCGCUCUAUUGGUGCUACUCGCCUGCUCGCUAUGCGGCCUAAGCGCCGCGGAUUUGGGGCUGAAGCAAGCGAAUCGCUUCGAGGAGAGCAGCUACGGCAAUUCGCGCUAUCAGAUCUUUGAGGUGCACAAUCACUAUCAGGGCAAGAGCCACGCCUACUUGCCGCCCGCACAGACCAGCCACGAGGAGAUACACAUACACCAGCAGGCGCAGCCGCAGCAGCAGCAACAUGUUGUCGCUGGUAAUGAUGACAAUUUGGAUGUUUCAUUUCUGAGCUUUGGCGAUGAGCGCCAAGUGCAGGCGCAGCCCUUGCCAGCGGCACAGCCAGUGGUGCAGCCCGUGGCUCAGCCAGUGGUGCAGCCCGUGGCUCAGCCUGCGUCUGUUCCGGUGCCUUUUCCUUCCAACUAUCAGCAUGACUUCCAGCGCAAGCAGGCGCCUCAGCCAGCUGUGGCCUAUAGCACGCCAGCUUAUUUGCCGCCCACUGUUGCCACGCCCAACCUGCAACUGCAGCAGCAGCAACAGCAGCAGGCAUAUCAAUCGCCAGUUGCCACCACUUUGAACGCUGCUGCACCACAGGUAUUCGCGGAGCCAGCAACCGGCUAUCAGGCGCCUGAUUAUCUGCCUCCCACUGCCAGCAGCUUAGAUCAGCAGCAGCAGCAACAACAACAACAACAGCAGCAGCAGCAGGAGCAGCAACAGUUGGUGCAGCCUGUGCCACAAGCAACGCUGCCUCAGGCAGCCGCACCAGCAGCUGCUUAUAAUGCUCCUGGCUACUUGCCACCUGGCUACGAUUUCAGCAAUCCCGACCAGCUGCCUUUGGAUCAGAUUAUUGAGCAACCCCAGCUGCCAGCCGUGCAGCCAGCAACAGUUGGUGAGUAUCGCACACAGGGUUACUUGCCGCCCAGCUACGAUGCAGCCAAGCAGGUGCAACAGCAACAGCCACAGCAACUCAGCCAUCCUGGUGCUCUGCCUGAGGGCUACGACUUUACCAAGCCCGAGAACUUUGAGGCUGCCAUUGCUGAGCUGCACAGUCUGCAAACGCAAACCAAAUUGCUUAAGCAGCAGCAACAGCAGCAGCAGCAGCAGCAGCAACAGCAGCAAUUUCAGCUGCAAACUGCUGUUGCUCCUGCUGCCUAUCAGCCGGCACCCACUGUGGUGGCCGCACCACUGCCCGCACCGCCCACACAGCACACACACAUUCAUGCGCUGAGGAGCUAUAUGAACAACGUGCAGCCGUAUGCGCGCUACGGCCAGCCACAGGCCCAGCAACAGCAGCAGCUGCAGCUGCAACUGCAGCAACGUGUGCAGCAGCAACAAGUGCAGCAGCAGCAUGUGCAGCAGCAACAAUUUGUUGAGGUGGCGCCCAUGUACCGUGAGCAAUCGAAGCGUCCGCGUUUCUAUGCCCCUGCCAUGUCCUACGCACGCACUGCGCUGCCCACGCAGUACCACCAACACCACCACCACAUCUUUCACGCCCAACGCCAGCAACAUCAGCAGUAUGCACAACAGUCGCUGAAAAAGUUCAUGCCGCGCGAAAUGCAACUGGCCGUCAAUGUGGCCGUCGCUGCCGCCGCGCCCGUUGCCCGCGGCAGCUCCCGAGUGCGCACCGUGCAGAUCGUCAAGCCGCAUGAGGUGCGCACAUUCAAGGUGCUGGAAACUUUGGAUGCUGCUGGCGUGAAGACCAUCAAAAUCCUGGGCACCAGCAGCGAGCAGCCGCGCGGCCAUCAUCACAUUGUCAAGGUGAUCAGCCAGGAUGCCAACAAUGUGGAGACACAUGUGCAGACGGUCAAGAUCUACGACGACCAGCAGGAGUAUCGCCAGCCACAGCCACAGCCACAGCAACAGUUGCCAGCGGUGGCGCCUCGCGGCUAUUUGCCACCAACUGUGGCAAGGCCACGCGAGCGAAUUGUGCGUCAAACGCGACCGCUGCGCCUGCUGCCUGUGUCCAGGCACUGAGUCCCACACGCACACAAACACACACACACAUACACACAUAUAUAUCAACACACAGACUCGUAGCACUGAUUAGUUUAAUUUCAUCAAAGCGUAUCGAAUUUGUUGCCGGCUCGCGCGCUGUUCAAAACGCGCGCUAGUUUCAUUUCUCAACCUAAUUUCUAUUUUUUUUUU